AUGACGUUCUAGUGAGGUAAAUAGCUCAAAAUAGUUAUUUUUCACUUCAGAUAAGAUCGUUACACAGUGAAGCAUAUUAAUCAUCUUAACAGCAAAUAGAAAAGCACGGUGUAUCAAGGGCGGCGCCUUAGGGACUUCCUCCAGGUUUGGUUUUUGUUUCACUGAAACCGAAAGUGAAAUGUAUCUCCGGCGAAGACGUUUUUAUGUCACAUUUCUAUGCUUCGCGAUAUACUGCUCUUACUUUCAGUACUUUUUAAAGAAAACUCCAAAGAGAAGACAUUAAACAAACAGUCUUUUCGUUAAACAGAAUUUUUUUUUUAAAUAUUAGGCCUAGAGUAUAUAAACAGAGGAUCGCGGAUACAGGCUUGGCUAUGGCAUCGAAGGGCUCAAUCCUGCUUGCCGAUUCGUCGUCUAAUGGAGAAAUCCGACUGAACGCCGAGGCUGUUGAAGUAUUAGCUAGCCUUCCUCAGCCUCUGAAGGUAGUUAGUAUAUUUGGACCGCGACAUUCUGGAAAAUCCUACCUUCUUAACUUGCUAGCAGGGAGCAACGAAUUUAUUGUGUCCAGAGACAGCUGCAAAUCGAGUGCAUGUAUUUACAUGUGCAGUCUGCCAGAUCCAUUGGGCUCAAAGCAGAACCUAGUGCUGUUGGACUGUGAGGGAUUUGAAGAGGACUUGGUGCUGGAGGAGCGAGCCUCCAGCCCCAUCUUCACCCUGUCUGUGCUCCUCAGCUCUGUCUUCCUCUAUAACACACUGGGCCCUGUGAAACGAGAAACCUUGGACCAGCUUUUUCACAUCACUAUGUUGAGAAAUCUAGUCAUUUUGCCUUCUGAAGACCAUGCAAAUGAGCGAUUCCUUCCAGAAUUUGUGUGGUGUGUGCGAGAUGAGAGCCUAGUUAUGAAUUUUGGCAGCAUCGAACUUGAUCCUGAAGACUUUUUAGAUUCUGUCUUAAAUGACAUUAAAGAUGGCAAUUCCCCAGCUGGACACCUUCUGGAAAUAUUCACAAGACCCAAAAUGAAACUCCUUGAUUUCUGCACACCUCAUGCAUAUAAUAAAGACUAUGAGAGCCUGUCACUUAGUGAGCUCAGCCCUAAUUUCACAAUGCAGAUAGAUGCUUUGAGGGAUUUUCUAUACAGAAGCAAACCAAAGGCUCUCGCUGAUGGUCAUUAUGCAAGUGGGAGAGAACUUGUAGUUCUGCUUGAAAAGUUUGUGGAGAAGGUAUCUGCAGAAUCCAUUAUGGAUUUGAAUCAGAUGACUGGCUUCUCAGUUUUGGAGGUAUCAGGCAAAGACUUUUCAGGGGACUUGCCGCAAAACACCCCCGUGGUCAGGAGCGACCCCUCAGGAAGCUUGCCGUCACGUCUGGAGCACUCAACUUCUGGAAGAGAAGAAGAGGCAUCUGUCUUCUCCAGGACAGAGAAAAUGUUGGAACCUAUUUGUCUAAUUGAGAACACCUCAAAUAAUGAGCUCAAAGUCAAUCAGGAAGCAGUAGACAUUUUAAGCUCCUUCCAUAAGCCUGUAGUUGUGGUGUCUAUUGUGGGCUUGUACCGCACUGGCAAGUCCUACCUGAUGAAUCGAUUGGCUGGGAAGCAUAAAGGAUUUGCUCUGGGCUCCACUGUCCAGUCUAAGACAAAGGGUAUCUGGAUGUGGUGUGUUUCUGUUCCUGGUAGAGAAGAACAAACACUGGUCUUGCUGGACACUGAAGGACUGGGAGAUGUGGAGAAGGGGGACGAGAAGAAUGACAACUGGAUUUUUUCCCUGGCUGUGUUACUAAGCAGUACCUUCAUCUACAACAGCAUUGGUACCAUCAACAAUGUUGCUGUGAUGAGUCUACAAUAUGUGACUGAGCUGACAAAACACAUCAAGGUAAAGUCCAGUGAUGAGGAUGAAGCUGAUGCUUCAGCUGAGUUUGUCCGCUUCUUCCCCUCCUUUAUCUGGGCAGUAAGAGAUUUUACCCUGGAGCUUGAGGCUAAUGGGAAACCCAUAACUGCUGAUGAAUAUUUGGAGAACUCCCUCAAACUGAAGCCUGGCUACACUAAAAAUGUUGCCACCAGCAACAGUGCCCGAGAAUGUAUUCGGAAGUACUUUCCCCGUCGAAAAUGCUUCGUCUUCGAUACGCCUGUCCACAGGGACAAGCUGAAGAUUAUUGAUCAGCUGAGUGAUUCUGACCUGGAAGAAAAGUUUGUUAAGCAAGCUACAGAGUUCUGCAGUUAUGUGCUUGGAAAUUCCCAGGUGAAAACCAUCAAAGGAGGAAUUAAAGUCACCGGGAAAUUGCUGGCUAAGCUGGUGAUGAUGUAUGUGGAUACCAUUAAAAGCGGGAAGGUUCCGUGUCUGGAGAAUGCGGUGGUAGCUCUAGCUCAGAUGGAAAACUCAAAAGCAGUUGAGGAGGCACACAGCCUCUACAAGCAGCUGCUGAGCGAGUGGAUAGAGUUACACACCGAGACACAGGAGGAGCUUUCGAAUGUCCAUGAAAUCUGCCUGAAGGAGGCGCUGCAGCUCUUCCUUGAUCGCUCAUUCAAAGAUGAUGAUCAGCGUUUCCAAACACAACUCAUGGAUCUUGUAAGAAAUGAAUAUGAUAAGAAGUGUCAGGAGAACGAGGAGCUCUCCCUGAAUCACUGUAUGGCUCUGCUCAUGCAGCUGGAGGACACUCUGAAGCCAGAUAAUGACUACAUGAGACCAGGUGGUUAUCAAGACUUCCAAGAAGACCUAGAAGUUUUAAUUGUCCAGUACAGAGAUACAAAAGGCAGAGGCAUCAAGGCAGAACAGGCUUUGGAAGAAUACCUGGCUAAAAAAAAUAAAUUGGGUAAAGUGAUACUGGUGGCAGACAGAAGUCUCUCUGAACAACAAAAGCGUAUAGAAGAGGAACAAGCCUAUGCUAAGAUGCAGGAGGUGAAAGCAAAGGCUGCAGAAGUGGAGAAGGUGGCCAUGGGGAGGAGAAUUGAGGAUGUGAAGAGAGCACAAGAAGAAAAUAAUAAACAGCUGAUGGAAAAAAUUGAGAGGGAACGCAGAGAUAUGCUGUCUGAACAUGAGCGAGUUCUUCAGCAAAAGCUGAGGGAGCAGAAUGCCAUGCUGCAGCAAGGCUUUGACACAAAUGCAAGACAAAUGCAGAGAGAGAUUGACCAGCUGCGACAUCAGAUAAGCCAAGCGCAAAACAGCAGCAGAGGCAGUGGGUGGUGUACUAUCUCCUAAUGAAAGACUGUAUAAAAUAAAUAAAUGAAAUUAAAGGCCAAGGAAUGAAGCUUUCAAGAUUAAUUUUUCAAAGAAUGACUCUGGAGAACUGGCUAUCGAAUAUAGUAGAACACAAUAGAAUAGAAUUUCCAUCUUCACUGAACUUUAUACUGUCUGUGUUUCAGUGGGCGUAUAUCAGCAUAGUGUGAUAUCCAUAAUUCAUUUGAAUCUGUAAGUACAGUGCUGGCCAAAAUUAUUAGAACACCUGACAGAUCUGAAAAUAUUGACCUUUUUUGCCUCCAAAACAUGAUUUUAUUUCAUAAUGUUCAUGAAAUAUGCAAAUUUUUAUUUGUGGUAUAAAGCAGGGUUAGGCAGCCCUGAUCCUGGAAUGCCGGUAUCCAUCAUGUUUUCUAUCCUACCUGAUGAGUUACUAUCUGCCUGAGAUCAGGUGUGGUUCCUCAUAAACCAGGUAGGAUGGAAAACCUGCUGGAUACCAGCACUCCAGGAUCAGGGUUGCCCACCCCUAGUAUCAAGGUUAAAAUACACAAAUGUUAUUUGUUGACUCAAUAAACAAACUGUUUUCAAAAUAA